AGUGACGUGGGACAGUGACAAGUUACGUCUGUUUCGGAUACAGCAAGUCUUCUGUGGCCAGUAAAACCAGAGACGAAACUAUGACUUUUCCGUUCAAAGUUCUGUGGUUUUUGGCCGCGGCACACCUGUUGCUGGGCCUCCUAGCGGUGUCGCUUGGAGUCGCAGACAUCGUGACUCACGUGCAGGCAAACCCGGGCGGGGGGUUUGAAGUCAGCUUACUCGCAGCGCCCAUCUGGUGUGGGAUUUCCUUCAUGGUUGCAGGAGUACUGGGCCUACUGGUGUCGCCCUAUAAGCCAGAUGUCCAGGAACAGACCCGAAAGCAGUGGAUCAACUGCCUCAUCAACAGCAUCCUGUUUGGGCCUGUCAUGUUCAUCAUCGCCAUGGUGGAUCUCUUCCUGGAGGUGCGGUCAACCUCCAUACUUGACCGUAACAUUUCGUUUGAGAUCGGGUUCAUUAUCAUCUCCGUGGUGGAGAUAUGGUGUGCCCUGGGCUCAGUCGCCCUCUACCGGAUGUACAAGGCACCGAGGCAGGUCAAGGAGCCUAAGGAAGGUGAGUUGAGGCUGUCCCCACUGUCACUGGUGGCCCGUCACUGUACCUGCUGCCAUGCCUGCCUGAACAGGAGGAGGCAUCCUAAAAACAGCUGGGUCACAGGUGAUGAUGACACAGAGGUGGUCAUCACUUCCUCAGGUGCCGGUCACUAUGAGAACGAGUCGGGUGUCCAGCCGCUCCCCGAAGACGCCUCUCCCGAGGAGAAGGAGCUGUUCCUGGUGGCAAGACGUCUGGAGGAGGAGAACAGCCGCAUGCAGAAGCAGCUGAAGGUCAGAACACUGCAGGCCAAGGUCAAGAAGCUACAGCAAAACAAUCGGGUCCUGUCACAACAGCUCAACAAGGUGCAUGAUGGCGAUGCUGAUGCAAUACUCAUCAAAGAUGUAGCACCCUCCAGCACACAAGUGCACCAUGGGAAGGAAAGGCAGCAACAGGCAGCCCUGUCUGACAAGAGCCAACAUAAGCAGGCGGGAACGAGAGACAAGAACAGGGCAACAUCUGCCGUCAAAAAUGGGCACCAAAGGGGAAACUUGAAGGCAGAGGGUGCAGGAAAAGCCGAUAAACUUGAGACAAUUGAUGAGACUCAGAGUAACAGUGAUAAGAAAUCUGAGAUAAACUGUGAAGAGUGUGGGGAGCCAGCUGAGAAACACAAACAAAAGACUGACAAGGAGAAGUCUGAAGAGCCUCGGAGUAGCAGUGAGGACAAAGCUGAGACAAGUAGUGAGACUGAGGAGCCAGCCGCAGAAGAGGUCACACCACAGGAAGAUACACCCGAGAAGCAAACCAUUACAGCUGAUGUACAUGUAGAGGACACAGUAGAGGAGACACAAGACCUGUCACCUGAACGUGAGGAGGAAAUCCGCAUGAAGCUUAAGGAGGCUCAGACAUCCAAAGAUGCCAAUGAGAUCCGGAAAGCCAUCAAAGAGUUCCUAGAUGCUAAGUUGGAGGACUUCUCUGGAGAUCUGCCAGCAGCACACAAACAGCUGCAGGUGCUUGAGCUGAAGGCAGCAUUGGACAAGGCUAUAUCUAGCAGGCAGCUGUCGAAAAUUGGGACUGUUGUGGGAGAGAUCAAGAAGAAAGGGCUGCAGGAUGUCAUGUCUAACGACAUCGCACGAGCCAACAAGAUGGUCAUCCUCAUCAAGCAGAUGGACAAACUCAGGCAGGAGGUCCUGAACAUCAAACAGUCGACCAUUGCUGAAAUCCGGUCCUACAAGAAUGCCUCUGAGCCCGUCCACAAAGUCAUGACUGCGACCUUCCUGCUACUGGGGGAGAACGAGAAAGAUAUCAAGGACUGGUCCACCUUGAAGACACUGGUGGGUAAGACAGGCAAGGACGCCCUGAAGCAGAGAGUGGAGCAUUGCGACGUUACCAAGGUGCCAGUUGCCAUGGCAACCAAAGUGCAGGAGAUGCUGGUGCCGUUCCGCCUGGAGGAGGUGCGGGACCACAGCGCCGGGGCGGCGACAUUCUUCCUCUGGGCUAACGGGAUGGCAGAUGAAGUGCUGGCAGGAGCAGCAGCCUGAUGAUGGUGUACACACAGAUGUCGAUGUGAGAACUGGGAAUACACAUUUCUGUAGACUGUCCAAGGCUCCAUCACUCUUAAAGCUGGACACGACCAGGAACAGAAUGCCAGCAAACAACAUCCAAUGACAAAGUUUGUCAAUGAAUUUUUGUAGGAAGCAUGCCCUAUUGAGAAUACAUCCUACAUGUACACUGCCUGUUGUUACCCACAAGCACAUCUGAAUUGGUGUGAAGCUGUUUUAUAAGUUCACAGGGAUAUUUAGAUGGCUUCAAACAUUUUGUAAAAAUUGACGUGUGAGUUAUCUACCUCAACAUCUCUACAUGUAGAACUCUUAAAAGUAAAUUGUCUUCCUAUCUGGUAGAUUUAUGCUGAGAUAAAAGUACUUGGUAAAAA